CGCACAAGCGCAUAGAAGAGCAGGGGGCAGGAUGGGCUCUGCUUCGUCCUCCUACCGGGUUAUUUUUCUCGACGUGGAUGGCAGGAUUCAGAAGGUGGUGUUCAGUAGGUUCUGCAGCCCAUGUGACAUCAAGGAGCUUCUCUGCACAGCCCUGGGUGUACCUCGGAGCACUAAUCUGUCCCUGCUGGAUUCCACUGGAGCUAUGGUGUCUAUUGACCCUACCAUGCCACACAACACAGAAAGGUCACCUUACCGAGUGUUGCCUUUGACUGGAGGACAGCUUGCUGAUAAAGAGGAACUCUUCCAGAAUGUACUCACCCAAGUAGCUGAACAGUUUUCACGGGCUUUCAAAAUCAAUGAGCUAAAGACAGAGGUCACCAACCGUCUUGCCAUGUUGGAAAAAAGAGUAGAAUUGGAGGGCAUGAAGGUGGUGGAGAUUGAAAAAUGUCGGAAUGAUAUCAAGAAGCUCCGUGUAGAGAUGGCUUCAAGAAAUAACAGUACUUUCUUGGAGGACACCAAGAAGCUCACUCCUCGCAGAGAUGUUCCUUCCUACCCCAAGUACCAUCUGUCUAAGGAGACAGUAGAAGCUCUUAGAUUUCCUACGUUUGAUUCUUGGCAGUGGGAGCCCAAUGAGAUGCUGAGCUGUCUGGAGCAUAUGUACCAUGAUCUUGGCUUGGUCAAAGAUUUCAAUAUCAACCCCAUUACUCUCAAGAGAUGGCUGUUAUGUAUUCAUGACAACUACAGAAAUAAUCCCUUCCACAACUUCCGACACUGUUUCUGUGUGACCCAGAUGAUGUACAGCAUGAUCUGCCUCUGUAGUCUGCAGGAGAAGUUCACUCAGGUGGAUAUUUUGAUUCUCAUGACGGCUGCUGUGUGUCAUGACCUUGAUCAUCCUGGAUUCAACAACACUUAUCAAAUUAAUGCCAGGACAGAGCUGGCAGUACGCUAUAAUGACAUUUCACCUUUGGAGAACCACCACUGUGCUGUGGCCUUCCAGAUCUUCUCUCAGCCUGACUGUAACAUCUUUUCUAACUUUGACCCAGAGGCCUUUAAACAAAUACGACAAGGAACCAUCACGCUGAUCUUGGCCACAGACAUGGCACGGCAUGGUGAAAUCUUAGACUCCUUCAAGCAGAAAGUGGACAACUUUGACUACACAGAUGAAGAGCAUGUGACCUGUCUGAAGAUGGUCCUCAUCAAAUGCUGUGACAUCUCCAAUGAGGUGCGACCCAUGGAAGUAGCUGAGCCCUGGGUUGACUGUCUGCUGGAAGAGUACUUUAUGCAGAGUGACAGAGCCCCGCCACUCAGAGAAUCAAGAGACCGAUAUGAAGAACUGAAACAGAUUGAUGAUGCCAUGAAUGAGGUGCAGAAAAAGAAAAGUGAGAACCUGACCAUAGGAGGAAAGAAGAAGUGAAGACAGGGACCAGUGCUACAGCAUACAGUUGAAGUGGCGUACUCUGAACUGGACUGGUCAGACACAUUCGUUCAUCAUGGGCAAUCACUGGGUCCUGCCUGACUUCAGCUUUCUGCAGAGCACUGGACUGCUGGGAUGUGUAAUCUAGAAAAUGUCUGGUAGAUUUUAGUGUGUCACUAAGAAAUGUUUGGGGCAGAACUCA